UGGAGCUGCGUAACACCCUCUUAAGUUUUAUCCUAGCGUCCUUAUUUAUCCUUUGACCAGAGAUCCUAUAGCGCCCGAAGGAUCCCCAACAUCCCUUCGUUAUGUGGGAUCAGUGUGAGACCACGUGACCCACAGGUGGCAUUCUAACACACAGGUGACAGCAAAAAUGACGAGGUGUGGCCGUGACUCAAGGGGUGAUGUGACACAGUGACGGUGUGACCCAGGGCGAGGUGCUGUGCUCGGUGUUCUCAAACGCUUCCAACACUCACAUCGACUAUUUCCAAAUGCCGAAGAGGAGAUCAAUCGGGUCCUAAUGACUGUUCUUUUAGGCUCGCGGUACAGAGGAAGGUUCAAGUUACCACCGGGGUCAUAAAACUACCCCUGGAAAUGACCAAAACUCCCUCGAAAGCCUUGUUAAAUGUGUGUUUCUUAGGUUCACGGUACAGAGGAAGGUUCAAGCUACCACCGGGGUCACAAAGCCACCCUUGGAAAUGCCCGAAGCUCCCGCAAAAGCCUUGUCAAAUGGGUGUGCUCGGGCGCCGAAAUGUUUAAGAAUAUGACCGUGUGACCCUGGAAAUCCCUAAACCGAUGGGGAAAACAGAGGUCCGCGCUAAGGACGUCCCUACCGCGAUCUUCAUCAAGUCCCUACGUGACCACCAGGCGCCCCCAACCAACACCCACACCCACACCCAGCACUGCCCUGAGCACGCCUCGGCCAGGGCAGCAAGCAUGUGUGAGUGUCAUAGGCGGCACCGGGCAUCUUCCAGCACCCCGAACUUGCUGGCAUCGUCCUCAAGAACCCCGACUACCAAUGGCCUUCAUCACCUCAACCAUCCAACGUCAAUGUACAGCAACGGGCAUAAUAAUAACAAUAAUAACAACACGUAUAGGUACCGUGAUAAGCUUCUGGCCGGGGAGAAGAACUCGAGGAAUCUGGGACUGUCUUCGCCGAGAUACAGGAACUACAAGGGAACUCCGAAGUGGCGGGUGGACGGAAGGAGGAAGUCUACGUCAUCGGACUCCGUGGCGUCAGCGAAGUCAGAAACGUCAGACAGAGACAAAGACAUCGAGGACCAGGUAUGCACUGCACCUGGAGAAGGCCUUACACGGCGACCCAGCGAGGUACGUAACACGGAGGACUCGGCGGCGGCGGCGGCGGGGGCUGAGGACACGAGGGCCUCAAGUGGGGGGCUGCCGACCACCGCCUCCCCGACCCAGCCUGCGCAGAUGUCGGGCGAGGCGGGUGAGGGCAGCCCCGGCGGCGGCGUUGAGGUCAUGGACUUCCACAACCGCGUCAAGAGGUUCCAGAAGCAGGACCAGCAGCUACACCAACAGCAGCACUUGAGCAGCAGCAGAAGUAGCAGCAGCAGCAGCCAGUUGAAGCGGUCCCAGCACUCCUCGCACUCCUCCAGCAACUUGAGCGAGGUGAAAUCUUCCAGUAACCUCAGCGAACACAAGUCCUCUGCCUCCGCUAGCAUAAAUAAAUCCAACCUCUCGGAACUCAAGUCAUCCAUGUCCGAAGUCAAGUCAAACAUCAGCGAAAUGACCUCGCAAAGCAACAGCGUCAACUACAACCGGUCGCUGUCCAUGGCCAGCAACGCGGCGGCGAUGCAGCAGAGCGCGUCGGCGUCCAGCCUUCAGGCCUUCAACAACAAGCGAAAGACCUCGGGCUUCAACAUGGGCUCGAUGGACGCCCUCAACGACGCCCUCAACAUGGGGUCCACCGAGCAGUUGGCGCUCCCCAACGUCGAGAAUGACUUCGAUGACCUCCAGAGCCUCGCGGCCUCAGCCUCCCAGGACCAACUCAGCUCCUCCCCGCUCACCUCGGGGUCAACCAACGGCAACAACCCCAAGGAGCUCAAGUUCGAACAGAAGAAAGUGACCUCCUCGCAAAAAACUAAGGUUGUGACAGACAAGAACAGCUACGAGUCAGCUUCGGGACAAUCCUCAGAGUCCAGGAAGCUCCAGGCAGGCGACUUGUCCUACGCGGAGUCCUCCAAGAAGGCGGCGACCAAGGCCAAGCUGGAGGUGGACGGCAUCACGGCGGAGAAGGCGGCGGCGGUGUCUCAGGAGGCGCGUCAACUGCGGACCAAUGACCUGGACCACCGCGAGGAGUCCCAGAUCAAGGGGGCGACCAUGCGGGUGGCUGGUGAGGGUUUCUCCGCCCACCGCUCAGCCGUCAGCGAGCAACAGCAGCAGCAGACCAAAACCCAAGCGGGCGCCAUCAACCAGGAGUCAUCGCGACAGGCAGCGUCCUCGGGCAUCAUCAUCAAGGGCAACGGAGUGUGCACCAAGCAGUUCUCCUCCAUGACAUCCUCACAGAGCAACGUCAACAUCACCGGCUUUGAUGACCUGGACAACCUCCACUCCGGGUCCCAUCCUGGUGACGUGCAGAACACCAUCAUGCGGUACUCUGGCGUGAUGUACUCCUUCGUGGAACAGCUCAAGAAGCUCACCGUCAACCAGUGCCUCAAGGACGCUCCCUCGCUGCUUGAGAACAUUGACGAGAUGAUGAGGAAGGCGUGGUCCGUGCCAACCUACGGCCACGAGUUGGGGUUUUCUCUAUGUAACGUUUUGAGAACUAACGGUGGCAUGGAUCUCCUGCUUGACAAUUGCCGGUCCGACGACUCUGACCUCAAGUUCACGAGUGCUAAGGUGUUGGAGCAGUGCCUCACCACAGAAAAUCGUGGUUACGUUGUCGAGAACGGUCUCCAGAACAUUGUGAGUGUGGCUUGUGACUGUACAAAGAACAGCAAUUCAGUGGACAAGUCUCGCGUGGGCACAGGCAUCCUGGAGCACCUCUUCAAGCACAGCGAGGGAACCUGCUCAGACAUCAUCGAGCUGGGAGGCCUUGAUGCCGUGCUGUCCGAGUGCAGAAAAACAGACAUUGAAACCCUAAGACACUGCGCUGGUGCCUUGGCGAACCUCUCCCUCUAUGGUGGCUCCGACAACCAGCAGGCCAUGAUCCAGCGCAAGGUUCCCAUGUGGCUGUUCCCUCUCGCCUUCCACACGGACGAGAACAUCAAGUACUACGCGUGCCUCACCAUCGCCGCCUUGGUAGCCAAUAAGGAACUAGAAGCAGAGGUGUUACAAUCCGGAACCUUGAACCUUGUGGAGCCAUUUGUAACCAGUCAACAUCCAGAUCAGUUUGCCAACUCCACCGUGGCACACCGCCAUGGCCAGAGUCAGAGCUGGCUGCAGAGACUCCUACCAGUCCUCAGAAGCAAGAGGGAGGAAGCCCGAAACCUGGCAGCCUUCCACUUCUGCAUGGAGGCCGGCAUUAAGAAGCGACAAGGCAACCUGGAGCUCUUCAGGGAGAUCGGCGCUAUUGAACCCUUGAAGGAGGUCGCCAGUUCCCCCAACGCAAUAGCCAGUAAGUACGCGGCACAGGCCCUGAGGCUCAUCGGCGAGGAGGUGCCACAUAAACUAAGUCAGCAAGUGCCGUUGUGGACCCCUGAGGACGUGAAGGAGUGGGUCAAACAGAUUGGGUUCUCUCAGCACUGUGAUAACUUCGUAAACUCCCGAGUGGAUGGAGAUCUACUGCUCCAACUCGAGGAGGAAAACCUACGGGACGACAUUGGCAUCACGAACGGCAUCCUCCGACAAAGGUUCCUGAGGGAGCUGCGGAAACUGAAGCUCAUCACCGACUACUCCUCCUGCGACUUCACGAAACUUAAUGAAUUCCUGGUGGAGAUUGACAAGGAGUAUGCGGAGUACACCUACAAGAUGCUGCGUGCUGGAGUGACCAAGGAGUGGCUCAGGUACCUCAGUGAAGAGCAGUUGGUUUCGGAAUGCGGUAUUGUCAACUCCAUCCACAGGCAAAAGCUUCGUUCUAGCAUACAAAAUGAGAACGGACAGCUCCAGGACUCCAGCUCCCUAGACAAGACCCUGGACGUGUUUAUCAGCUACAGGCGGUCUAAUGGGUCACACCUAGCGAGUUUGCUCAAGGUGGACUUGCAGCUCAGGGAGUUCAGUGUGUUCAUCGACGUGGAAAGACUAAAAGCCGGAAAGUUUGAUAAUAAUUUACUAAACUCCAUCCGACAAGCCAAGAACUUCCUGCUGGUGCUGACGCAGAACGCCCUCGACCGCUGCAUCGGCGACACGGAAUGCAAGGACUGGGUGCACAGGGAGAUCGUGGAAGCGCUACAGGCUGGGUGCAACAUCAUCCCCAUCAUAGACAACUUCCAGUGGCCCGACCCAGAGGAGCUCCCCGAAGACAUGAGGGCCAUAUGUUCCUUCAAUGGUGUGAGGUGGAUCCACGAGUACCACAGCGCUUGUGUGGACAAGAUGGAGCGGUUCAUGCGCGGCGAUGACGCCCACGGCCGCUACGCCAACAGGAGCAUGGACGGGGGCAUGGCCACCCCUGGCACCCCCUCCACCCUGCCCCGCGCCCUCCCCCUGUACCAGCGCACCACCAGCACGGAGAGCGGAGGGAAGUGUUCCUCCUGCUCCGACAAGGACCCCAAAGACUGACGGGGUGACCCUGCAUUGGUUAAACACAGGAGACUCCUAGCCACCGGCAGCCCCCGCUCUGCCUCCCCCCUGAGGCGCGCCGGGCGGGCCGUGAGCCCAGCGCUGCGUGUUGCAGUGCGAGGGGUGGGGGGAAGGGUCCCGGGUGCCGGGUCCCCGCUGCUGCCCCGCCCCCAGCGCCGCGCCCCGCUGACCUCGCGCUCCCUCAGCCUGGACACUGGCCUGGACACCAAUAACGCUGCAUCCUGCUCAGACCCGGAGACAGCCACCGAUGUUGUCAACUCCUGCGAGCAGUACCUGCAGCAGCAGCACAGCAGCAGCCAGGCACCGGAGCCAUCACAGGCCCAGCAGGCCAAGGAGCAGCGCCCGCCUCGGCGGAGGCUCAGCAGCAUUCCCUGUGACAGCAGUCCAAUAGCUGAGGAGGAGUGUGGCGAGGAUGGAGGCAGCAGGGCUGACGGAGACUCGCUCAGCGACCAGCAGCCGUCCGCCUCACCGAGGUCUUCUCUCUUAUCAUCUCGCCGCUCAUCACUUGCCUCGAUGGACGACUUGCACAGGAAGUCGUCCUUCGUCAACAAGUGCAUGACGCGGGUCCGAGGUUUCAUCAAGAAGUAGACGCCUCCAGCGGCGGUGCUCAGGGCAGGCAGUGCCUCCUGUGGACAACAACCAUGACCAGUGCAGGGAUCAGUGUCUGGGGCGAGCCAGGCGCCCGCCCCACAGUAACCUGACGCAAGACAAUCAUCCUCUCAUCCCACACUAGUGUAGUGCUUGGGUCAAGGCAUGGCUGGACAGGCCCUGGCCAGCCCGGGGGCACACAGGCCCUGGCGCUGGGCCAGCAGAAGGAGGGCAGCAGGGAGCUGCCCGGGGUGAGGCCUGUCCAGAAGAUGGUCAAGUUUCCUGCCAUAAAGAAGUUGCAGCUGAUUAUCAAUUACUGGAAGCAUAUUGUAAUUAGCAGUUUCUUGAUACCAAAUAAUAUACUAAGAAGCAUUUAAUUAUCUAUUUUCUAUACAGUAUUCUUUCACCAUCACUCACAGGUCUCAUGUUUGUUAAGUUUUAAGCAUUCAUCAACACAGGCAGCAGCAGUUUACAUUCAGCCGAGGGUAUUAAAAUUAUAUUUAAAAUAUUUUAUUGUAAUCUCCAGAAGCUUCUAGGUCCUGUAAAUAUAUCACACAGAUAUUUAGCCAGGCUGCGUCCUACCUGAAGGCUGAUGAGGUUGUAUUUUAUAUUUAUGUGUAAAUAGUCAAGUUGUGGCAGAACAUGAGACCAGCGCAUCACACUUCAGACUCCUUCCCUCACACUACCACUGGAACACCAAGAACAUAAUGUUAAGACGCCGCUGUUCCGUGCGGAGUCCCAGAGAGUCUGUCAUCCCAGGGCAGACUGUCAAGGCUCUUCUUGUGAAUCUUUUAGUCAUUGCAUUGAUGAAAGGUGAUGUUAAUAUUAGAGAACGAUUAGCCUGUCAUCAAGGAUUCACUGACAGUUUCAUCCAUUGUACAUAAAAUCCGGCAACUAACGAAUAAGUUUGAGAUUUAUUAUUUUUACAUGCAGUAGUCUAAAGCUUAAAUAAAUACUAUUUAAGUUAUAAAC